GGAUUCUGGACGUCAUCCAAUAUUAUAAAAUCUAUAUCUGCUAAUAAUGAGUGUAAAUCCUAUAAAAAUGACAUAUAAAGAGCGCUCUAAGCUCUAUUCUAAUAAGACGGCACAGAGGCUUCUGGAAUUAAUGGACCGUAAGCAAACAAAUCUGUCAGUUGCAGCAGAUUUUACAAAGAAACAAGAAGUUCUGGAAUUUGCGGAUAAAACAGGGCCAUAUAUAUGUAUAUUGAAGACGCAUGUUGAUAUUAUGGAGGAUUUUGAUGAAUCCUUUGUUUUUGAAUUGAAAAAACUAGCGAAAAAGCAUGAUUUUUUGAUUUUUGAGGAUAGGAAAUUUGCAGAUAUUGGAAAAACGGUUCAAUUGCAGUAUUCUUGUGGAAUUUAUAAGAUCUGCGAGUGGGCGGAUAUUGUUAAUGCACAUCCUAUUCCUGGAGAAGGAAUAAUUGAUGGAUUGAGAGAAAUUGGAGAGCCUCGAGGUAGAGGCUUAUUUUUAUUGGCAGAAAUGAGUUCAAAAGGGUGUUUAUCAACAGAGGAAUAUGUAAAUGCAUCAAUUGAUAUGGCAAAGAAAAAUAAGGACUUCGUUAUAGGGUUUAUUUCUAUACGUCGAUGGCCAAUAUUAACAGAAGAUUUUAUUUUAAUGACUCCUGGUGUAGGUUAUGUUGCAAAUAAUGAUUCAUUAAGCAAUAUCUAUCAAUCUUCAAAUGGUGAUGCUUAUGGACAACAAUAUCGUACACCUGAAAGUGUAAUUCUGGGUUUAGGUUCAGAUAUUAUUAUUGUAGGUAGAAAUAUAUACGCAUCUGGAGGAGAUAUUAUAGAGGAAACAUUAAAAUACAGGGAUGCCGGAUGGAAAGCUUAUAUAACUCGAAUUUCUUAAGAAAAAAAAUAAAUUGAAUUUUGGUAAUAUUUAAUACGAAAUAAUC